AUGGAAAGCAUGGUACAGAAAAUGCAGGUAUCACUAUCAGUACCGCCGUCACCUUCGUCAUCAUCAUCAUCAUCACUUCCACAAUCAUCAUCAUCAUCAUCACUGUCGCCGCUUCUGACCAGGAAGAGGAAACACAUGAACGUGAUGUUGGAUGACGUCAUAUCAGGGUUGGACCUAAUUAAUUGGCUGGCAAGGCACAUCACUGACGGUGACGUCAGUGAAGCCAGUCACGUCACAAGACUUCUGAAGCGCUUCAAUUAUAUUUAUUCGCUAGGUGAAACCGGAAGUGACUAUGAGGAAGAUAGUAUUGCUAGCAAUUACUACUUAUUCCAGGCUCCAUACUAUUGGCCGUCCGUUCAAGAGAAUGUAGAUGAAGUUGAUUAUGCAAUUUAUCUCGUCAAGCGUAUAUUGACCAAGGACGACAAUGAUGUCCUCAGUGAUAUGGAACAAGAAUCGUUGGUCAAGUUGGAGAGAUUAUUAUGCGACCGCUGGGAUUUUAUUAUGGCUCAAGGUCAAUCACAGAUAAGGUCAACUCAUUAA